AUGGCCAGCGGCGCCCAAAGCACCGGCUCGACAAAGGUCGAUGCCGUCGUCCAGAAUGUCAAGGCCGCCGAGCCCGCAAAGCUCUCGGGCGCUGCCCUCUACUCGCGCUUCGCCCUUGCCGGUGCCAUCUGCUGCUCCGUCACCCACGGCGCCCUGACGCCCGUUGAUGUCGUCAAGACUCGUAUCCAGCUCGACCCCAAGACGUACAACCGCGGCUUGAUCGGCGGCUUCCGCCAGGUCAUCCAGAACGAGGGCGCCGGCGCUCUCCUCACCGGCGUCGGCCCCACCUUUGCCGGCUACUUCCUGCAGGGCGCCUUCAAGUUUGGCGGCUACGAGUUCUUCAAGCAGCAGUGCAUCAACACCUUUGGCUACGAGAACGCCUCCAACAACCGCACCGCCGUCUACCUCGCCUCGUCCGCCGCCGCCGAGUUCUUCGCCGACAUUGCCCUCUGCCCCCUCGAGGCCACCCGCAUCCGUCUUGUCUCCGAGCCCACCUACGCCAAUGGCCUCAUCGGCGGCUUCGGCAAGAUGCUCAAGAACGAGGGCGUCGGCGCCUUCUACGCCGGCUUCGGCCCCAUUCUCUUCAAGCAGAUCCCCUACACCAUGGCCAAGUUUGUCGUCUACGAAAAGGUGGCCGAGGCCGUCUACCGCCAGAUGCCCAAGAAGGACAUGUCCGACGGCAUGCAAACCGCCGUCAACCUGGGCUCUGGUCUGAUUGCCGGUUUCGCCGCCGCCAUCGUCUCCCAGCCCGCCGACACCAUGCUCUCCGUCAUCAACAAGACCAAGGGUCUCCCCGGUGAAGGCACCGCUUCGCGCCUCGUCAAGAUUGCCAAGGACCUCGGCUUCCGCGGCUCCUACAGCGGCAUCGGUGCUCGUCUCUUCAUGGUCGGCACUCUGACCGCCGGCCAGUUCGCCAUCUACGGCGAUGUCAAGAAGGCGCUGGGCGCCACGGGCGGAGUCGAGAUUGCCAAAUAA